AUGGGAUUUUAUGGUGAGGAUGACACCUUUUGCGAAGUGAGUGCUCGUGAAGCAUUACGCAUUUCUCCACUAAACGGGCCAAAACGUAUGCGUUUCGACGAACCCAGCACCAGCUGUGCAGAAGAGCGGCAGUGGUCAGCGUUUGGUGAUUCAUUGGCAGAACUGGAUUCAUUAGACACUAAUGGAGAAAUGGAGCGCGAUCCACAAGAAAGCAUUGUUCUUCGUCGUAUUGGACUAGGAGAGAAUCCUUGCCGUGCUUUGCGCAGGUAUAUGGAAAAAGUUGCAAAAGGGGUUAAGCCGAACCCAUGGGUUUCAAAAGUGCAAUCGGAGAAAACACUCCGUAAGACAUUACGCCGUUUUAUGUUGGGAAUAGUUGUUCUAGCAUGUGAAGAUCAAGGUGUAGAGGAUUGUGAACUGGAGCAGUCACAUAGAAAUGCCUUUAAAUCGAUUGAUUAUCUGAACGAGGAGAUCAUCCAGUCGCUAGAAGUUCUUGGAAACUUUUCAUCCGAGCAGAUGCGUUGUGCUAGAAAUAAUUGUCAGAAGGUACCGGAUUGUUCUCGUAGUACAGAGACUCACGACAGUGUUAAUUAUCUAAUUGUUGAAGGAGGUCGUUAUAGUCGUAGACUAGAAAUGCCUGAGCACCCGGAGUCAAAUAGCAAGGUCAGAGAAAUUUUGAAAAACAACCGCUUCAUAAACAGCGAUGAUGUCAUAGAUGAACUUCCUUCUCUUUUGAUUAGGAGUUUGGUUCACUUUUAUAUGGCUCGAUAUUUCUGUUUAUGGGCAUUUGGUGAUACUGAGUUGUGGAAAAAGAACGGUUUUACACUUUUUCAAGCGUUAUUCGGAUCUCAAUCAUAUUGA